CGGUUCAGCGAAGUUCAGUUCAGUUCGGUUCGAUUCGAAUUGAAUCGAUUCCAGUGCGAUUUGCAGUUUGGUUUCAGUUUGGGUUUGCGUAUCGCCCAGAGUUUCCGUUUGCAAUUUUGCGGUUUCAAUAUUGAAUUGGGCGAGGCCCCCGCAUUGCAUUCACGCUUGACAAUGUUUCGACAGCAAUUUGCUCAACAAAUUGCGAUUAAAUGUAUACAAUUGAGUGACCAUUGUUUGGCUUUCAUUAGCACAAAGGAGCGGGGAAGUCCCUGCCCUUCUCCUCCCAUGAUCCGGUUAGCAAUUUGGGGGCAAAGGUUAAGGAUUCUCCGCUUUGUUAACAGCUAAUCAUGACCCUCUGUACAACGUCACAAAGCUGAAUAUGUUGCCCUCAGUUUUCCACCGUUGAUUAACAAUCAACGCAAAGGUUCCGAAUAUGUUAGCCAUUGCAAAUCCAACCUUCCUUGUAGCUAUACUCUUUUUCCUUCCUUGACAGACUGCCAUUCAAUUGUCAAAUAUCUUUGGAUCUGCAGCGUCACGAUUUCACGACUUCAGACCCUGCAGUUGGCGAUAAAUUGCAUUGAACUUCAAAAAUUGAAACUUCACGAGGGCAUUUGGCCGCCAAUCGAGGGCAGCAGAAGGGGGGGCGUGGUCGGUUUUAUGUUGUAAGGGCACGUGGCAGCCGCCUUUGGCUGCAUAAAAAUUUCAAUCAACAACAUCUGGUGAAAAAUUGCAUAGCGAUUCCGCAGUAAUUGGUUUUUUGUGUGGGUCAAUGCAAGAAAUGUAGUUUGAUACGAAGUUUAUUCCAUCAAUUUUGAGUUGCACUAGGAUUUUAAUCCAUUACCACAUAUCGUAUUAUUAUAAUAUCUCCCGAAAUAUCUUACUUACAAAUUCAACGAUCAACUGUUCCCAGCAUUCGUGUAAAAAUUCCAAAAAAAAAAAUUAGUUUUCAGUUCAAAGAACUCUGAAUUUGUCGGCAUGUGUUUGAAGAAGUGCUGCUUCUUCCUGCCCCUGAACGUAGGUUGCACAAUCAUUGGGGCGAUCUUCAUAACUUUUCACGUUGGUGAGCUGAUAACGCAUUCGGAUGACACCAUCUUCAUCAGGCAAGUGUCCCACAAAUGGUGGGCACCCGUCAUCAUGUCUCCGAUCCUAACUAUUGGAACUGUGAGCUCUGUACUGCUGGUGUACGCUGCUUCGAAGAGAAAGCGAGGCUUUGUCCUUGUGUGGAUAAUCGUCUAUUCGAUUAUUUUCAUCAUUUAUGUUAUAAUGGGCAUCGUCCAGUUGGCCACUGCCAAACCCUCCCCGGUUAUAUUGGCCGUUCAGGUGGUCAUCAUAGUUGGUCUGGCUUAUUCCCUGCUGAUAACGGUGGCCUUUUACCGAUAUUUGGGCACUGUGGAUUCGGAUGAUUCCAUUUGACGAGUGGCAAAAUAAAUUGUGUCCCAAACUAGAAGUUGAACAAAUUUCCGUUUCUCAAGAAAGUAUUACAAAUUAUUGUUUCAAAAUUUGUAGAGCAG